UUCUUUUAUAAGUCAAGCAUCACGGAGAGCAACAGUUGGCAGGGAACCACUUCCCAGCUCGUUCAAGAGAAGUACUCUCUUCCCCCGGUGGCUGAGACGGGUUGCAAGGUGAGGCCGCUUUCCCAGCAUCUCCCUGCCAUCUUGUGGAAGGAAUCCUAGGGCUCUCCUUCCGCUCGGGGACAGCCUUCUCCUGACAAGCUGCUUGUGAGGCAGCAACAAAUGUCCGACCUUCAGAGAGCUGGUAGAGGAGCUGUGGGAAAGUAAGGGCUUACCAGUUCCUCAUGCAGUGAGGGAGGUGGAGGUACCAGAAGUAAGGACACCUUAGUAGAUUGUCUUGGGAGGAGGGGAGUUUCCAGGCAAACAUUAUAUGUAGCGAUCCUACUUUUGGGGUGGAGAAUGGAUUAGAGCAGGUCUGCAAGCCUGGGCCAGUCAGCAGGGUGUUUCAUCCAGCCUGCCACCUCAUCCCGGAGAGGACCAGCAUCAUCUUGGAGAGCAUGUAUUGCUUCUCACCUCUGACAGACUGAACUCUGUGGUUUGGCUGGCAAGCGCUGCUGUUGCUGAUUCAGAGCUCAUGAAAAGAGGUUCUCUGCUUCCACGAGCCACAGAAGAGCUCAAGAGAGAGACCCAGCUAAUAGCGUAGUCCCGGGAGCAAGCUUACAUCCUGUGGCGUGUUACACCUCGGCUUGCUGCUCUUGCGGCCACGCUGAUGCGAAGAGACAACGUUAGGAGGAGGAGGUGACACCUUUUAUUGAAUGAACUGAUAGAAGUGGGAAGAAACAGAGGUUUCGUUGCUGACUGCUGCCGUUGCACGCGGGACAUGAACAACCUGGAGGAAGGGGUGGAGUUCCUCCCUGCCAUGAACUCCAAGAAGAUGGAGAAGCGUGGCCCAAAGCGGUGGGUGGUCGUCACCAUCGUGAUCGUUGCUUUCCUGCUCAUCUCCCUCGUCACCGGCCUCCUGGUUUGGCACUUCAAAUACAGGAACGCGGCCGUCCGGAAGGUUUUCAACGGCCACUUACGGGUUCUGAACUGGGACUUCCUUGACGCUUACGAGAACUCCAGCUCAUCGGACUUCAUCGUGCUGGCCAAUAAGGUGAAGAGCACGGUGGAGGAUAUCUACAGGAAUCAUGAAGAUAUUGGCCCUUACCACAAAGAGACAGUGAUAACUGCGUUCAGUGAAGGCAGCGUCAUUGCCUACUACUGGUCAGAGUUCCUUGUCCCCAAGUACCGGGAGGAGAGUCUGGACAGGGCGAUGGCAGACAGGCAGAGCCUGAUCCAGAAACUGAACCCCCGCCUGCGAAACCCCGUGCUGAAGGUGGAGUCGGUCGUCGCUUUCCCUGCUGACCCCAGCAUAGCUUACUCCACUCGGGACAAUAGCUGCAUGUUUGCCCUCCACGCCAAGGAAGGGGAGGUCACCAGUUUCACCACGCCGGGCUUCCCCAACAGCCCGUACCCCAACAACGCGCUCUGCUACUGGACACUGAGGGCAGAUGCCAACUCCAUCAUCAGCCUGACCUUCAAGACGCUGGAGCUGGAGCAGUGCUCAACUGACAGUGACUACAUCAAGGUGUACAACUCUCUGAGCCCCGUGGAGCCCCACGCUUUGGUCAAGCUCUGUGGGAAUUACGCCCCUUCCUACAACCUGACCUUCCUGUCCUCCCAGAACGUCAUGCUCGUCACGUUGGUUACCAACAAGGAGGGGAGAUUCCCUGGCUUUAAGGCUGAGUUCUUCCAGCUCCCCAAGAUGAAAGCCUGCAGUGGGACUCUGAAAGGAGAAAGCGGCACCUUCACAACUCCCUAUUACCCAGCACACUACCCCCCAGCCAUGGACUGUGUCUGGAACAUAGAGGUUCCCCCAAAAAAGAAUGUGAAGGUGCGUUUCAACAUGUUCUUCGUGCUGGAGCCCGGGAUCCCGGUCGGCUCCUGCACCAAGGACUAUGUGCAGAUCAACAGCACGAGGUACUGCGGGGAGCGUUCCCAGUUCGUGGUGAUCAGUACAACCAACAAAAUAGAGGUCCGGUUCCACUCAGACCAGUCCUACACGGACACUGGCUUCUCUGCUGAGUACCUCUCCUAUGACUCCAGCGAUCCCUGCCCUGGCAAGUUUGCCUGCAACACUGGCCGCUGCAUUGACCGAAGCAUGCGCUGCGACGGGUGGCUGGACUGCGUAGACGGCAGCGAUGAGAGAGGCUGCACCUGUACCGACAAGCAGUUCAAGUGCCAGAAUGGCUGGUGCAAGCCCAAGUUCUGGGUCUGUGACAACGUGAACGACUGCGGGGACAACAGCGACGAGCUGCAGUGCAGCUGCGCAGCCGACAGCUUCAAAUGCAGCAACGGGAAGUGCAUCCCCGACACGCGGAAGUGUGACGGCAAGGACGACUGCGGGGACGGGAGCGACGAGGGCAGCUGCAGCAAAGUGGCCCACACGACAGUCCCCUGCAAGGAAUACACGUACAAAUGCCGCAGCGGGCCCUGCAUCAGCAAGCAGAACCCGGAGUGCGAUGGGGAGCGGGACUGCGAGGACAACUCUGACGAGGACAACUGCAACUGCGGGAUCCGCUCCUACACGAGGAAGUCGCGGAUCGUCGGCGGGCAGAACUCGGACGUGGGAGAAUGGCCGUGGCAGGUCAGCCUCCACACCAAGGGCCAGGGCCACAUCUGCGGGGCCUCGCUGAUCUCUGAGAGGUGGCUGGUGUCGGCGGCGCACUGCUUCCUCCAGCUGCAGGGCAUCAGGUACUCGGACCCCAGCCUAUGGACAGCCUACCUGGGCCUGACCAACCAAGGCAACCUCAACGGCGCCAACGUGCAAGCGCGGAAAAUCAAGCGCAUCAUCUCCCACCCCUUCUUCAACGACUACACCUAUGACUACGACAUUGCCGUGAUGGAGCUACAGAGCCCCGCCACCUUCUCCUCCGUCGUCCAGCCCAUCUGCCUGCCCGAUGCCACCCACAACUUCCCCGUGGGCAAGGACCUGUGGGUGACCGGCUGGGGAGCGACCACGGAAGGAGGCAGCGGCGCCUCCAUCUUGCAGAAAGCAGAAAUCCGGCUCAUCAACCAGACCGUGUGUAACGAGCUGCUGCAGGACCAGCUGACGCCGCGCAUGAUGUGCGUGGGGAUCCUGACGGGCGGCGUGGACGCCUGCCAGGGAGACUCUGGAGGGCCACUGGUCAGCGUGGAGCCCAGCGGUCGGAUGUUCCUGGCCGGUGUAGUGAGCUGGGGCGACGGCUGCGCGCAGAGAAACAAGCCUGGCGUCUACAGCCGGCUCACCAGCCUGCGAGACUGGGUCAAAGCACAGACGGGCCUUUAGGGACACGCUCACCCCUGCGUGGACACGGACACCUCUUAUACACCGCCGGGCAGAGACGCUUGGGAUUGUCAUUUCCUCCCGGCAGCGCACAGCCUCUACUGUGAACGUCAACCCUCCCUCUACCUCGCCGCAAGUGCCUGGGACUCCACGUGCGUAGUGAACGGCCGGAGCUGAGUAGUUUAGCCCCGAGUAUUCCCACAACUCAGCUUAGAAAUCAACGUUUGGAAUAUAAGAAAUUUCCCUUUGUGGGCAAGCCGGAGCAGCUCCCAUGAACAACUUGAAUGAGUGGUCAUUCAGGUUAUAUAUAAAAAUUAAACUCAAUAAAUAAUUAAAGAAAAAGACAAGGCAAACACUUUGCCUCUAAACACACACGCUUUCACAAUAGCGGCUCUUUGUUUUCAAACUGCCGUCCGCACCCCUUUUUCUAGUCUUCAGUCAUGGGGGCAGAGGGAAAGAAGUUCUGACCAUGGUUCUGGGGCAAUCCCUCCCUUGGCAGUGUCCCGGCCCAUGGUCUCCUCCUUCCGUCCUCUGCCUUAGCUUCUGCUCGCACUGAGUCCAAGGCUGUCGGAGUGAAAGAGAAAAAAGCGUGGCUGAAACACGCCGUCACUCACCCCGAGGGAAACGGCGCGGGUCUGCUGGCGCGGACGGCCGCCUGCCGCCGCGACCCGGGCCUGCUGGCAUUGCCGCGCCGCGCCUUAACGCUCCGCUCAGGUUUAGCUGGCGCGUCUUCCCCUGAGCUCCAGCCGCUCGGCCGCGUCCCCUUCCUCGCUGCGACGAGCAGAAGGGCAGCGCGAAUGUGGUCCUGGAGCUUGUCCCCGGCAACGGCCAACACAAGUCUUAGUCCCUUCUUAGUUUUGUAAAGAAAUACACAACAAUGUGACUUGUGACUGUGUGAUUUGAUUUCUUUUUCCCCUGUAGCGUGGCCCUGAGAAGAGCACACUCCAAUUGAGUUCAGUCAGCCCCCUCCUUGCCUGUAAAUACGUUGUUUUGUAAAACUCUAUAUGAAGUGGAGAUGCUCUAAUAAACUGGGAUAUUUUCUAA